AUGGAGAGUGCACUGAGCCUGAGCGUCGUAUUCCACGUUUCUCAGCAUCCGCUCUAUCCUGACUUCUGGCAAUGCGUUUCCUUUGGAUUUUUUUCAUCCCAAGCGCAUGAAACGCUGUACAAUCUUUUUUGCGUUUUUGCAAUGUACUUCAUUCCUCUACUGGUGAUAAUCACCGCCUACACGUGCAUCAUGUGGGAGAUAGUCAAAAAGACUAGAGAAACAAAAGAGUGCAAGCCCGGGGAGGAACGAGUAAGAGGAAGGCUGACAUUGAGACGAAGCGAUAUGGCAAAUAUAGAAAGGGCAAGAUCGAGGACGCUUCGUAUGACAGUUACAAUCGUCUUCGUUUUUAUAUGGUGCUGGACGCCAUAUGUCGUCAUGACGCUUUGGUACAUGUUUGACAGGGAAAGCGCCAUCCGUGUGGAUUCUAGAAUCCAAGACGCCUUUUUUAUCAUGGCUGUGUCGAACUCGUGCAUGAAUCCACUUGUGUACGGUUCGUACGCAAUGAACUUCAGAAGGGAGUGCAGAACGUGUUUCUGUUAUCUUUUUCAUUCGCACGACCAGCUACAGCGAAAGUCAACAGAUGCCGCACACACUAGAGGAGUACUGUAUGUUCCUAAAUGUGUUCUCACCCUUGUUAAAGCUGGUUCUGGUGCAACCAGAAGUACGGGCGUUACAGGCUAUGCUGGAUCAUUAACUCCAAAAAACCAGCUUACAUUGAACAAGCGAAACCUACGCCCGGUGUCAGCAGAACACCUAGUAGUACGAGGACGAAUAAGUGAGCAAGCAUUGGAUUCUGAGGAGUUUCACAGUGAUCCCGGGGCCCAUGGAGUUUACAUGGUUGCUUCCUAGGACUUACUUCAAAGACCUUCAUCAACACAUAUUGAAAGUGCAGUAUGAUACAAGAAGGAUCAUGAGUGGAUUAUGAAAGCAUUUAACUUUUAAAAUAAACGCACAAUACAAAAAUAUAUUAAACAGUGUUCAAGUUGGAAAGAAAAUUAAAUUAUAUUUUGGGUAAUGUUAAAGAUCGAUGUGAAUCUUUUAUAUAAUGUUGAAAAUCAAAGGA